AUGAACCAACUCAGGAUCGGUGAGUCUGAGAAGAGAUACGGCUUGGCUUCAGUGUUCGCAAUCAAGUGCCACAACUGCUUGUGUAUAAAGAAAGUUCACACAUCGAAUAGAACAGCAGUAGAGAAAGGAAGAUCAUUGUACGAAAUCAAUGCUGCAGUUGCUCUUGAUUCUGCGGCGUCCGUAGUCGACGUGACAGUCUCGUACGACUUUGGCUGGCAGAAGCGAGGAAACGGUCGAACAUACGAUAGUAAGAGCGGUCAGGGUUCUGUUGGCGGCUUACGCUCUAAGAAACUCUUGGCUUAUAGCGUGAAGAGCACAUGCUGUGCCAUGUGCCGAAAGGGCCACUCACCUGACAGCCACAAAUGUACCAAAAAUUGGUCAGGGAGUGCGAAAUCCAUGGAGGCAGAUACAGCGGUUCAACUAAUGGUGAAAAAUCCAGAUUUUAAAAAAGCUGGAAUCCGAAUAGGAACACUUAUUGGGGAUGAAGAUUCGUCCACAAUCGCGGCAGUCCAACGAGAAACUUCACAUCGAGUCGUCAAGUGGUCGGAUUCCAAUCAUCAACUGGUGUGCGGCACUUGGUGUGAGGCCAAAGACAAUCCGGAGUACGUGUUUAAGAGUUUACCGAAGGGAAAACCUCUUUUUAGUAAAAGUCUGCAAACUGCACUUUAUGGGGUCUUGAUGGAGUUCACAUCUCGGGUGUUGAAAGUUGCGCCAGGGGGAUCGUCUCAACUCAAUGAAUCAUUUAACCAUAUGGUGGCUACCAGAGCACCGAAGUCCAAACAUUACGCAUCUUCGCGUUCUAUCCUUCUGCGAGUGGCAGCAGCAGUCUGUCAGAAAAAUUUUGGAGCUAAACACAUCAUCGAUGUAAGAGUCGAAGCUGGAUUACCGCCAGGAACGAUAGCUGAAGAAUACUGCCUACGAAGAGAGGUCUUGCAACGAGCAAUAGCUGUAAAACGUACCACACUCGAAGCAAAACGCCGUCGAUGUUAUUUGAAAAAUAAAAGGCAACGUAUCACCAUAGCACGAGAGAGCAGGGAAGGGAUUACUUAUCAAUCGGGUAUGGGACUGGAUCUUCCUAUCGAAACAACUUGUGAAAUUGAUGAACCUCUCCGUGAAGACAGUCCGCAAGUCAUCGUUGACAUCGAAACUACUGGUCUGGCAUCUACUGCAGACUUCGUUCAAAUAGCGGCGAAGUGUGGCGAUCAGGAGUUCGCACGGUACAUGCUACCUUCCCAAUCUAUAAAUUGUCAUGCAGCAGACAAAACUGGAUUAUCAGUGGUUGGAGGAGAGCUACAUCAUUACAAUAAAAUAGUGACGACGAUUCCACCACGAGAAGUAGGAAAAGAAUUUAUACGCUUCCUCGGAGAAUGUGGUCAACAGGUGCUGCUGCUCGGACAUAAUAUCGUACGCUUCGAUGCACCGCGGAUCAUGCGUUGGCUACAAGGACUUGGUCUCUUGGAAAGUUUUGUCAAAGGUGUUUAUGGAGUGUGCGAUACAAUUCCACUCAUCGGACAAGGAAAAGUUAAAAAACAAGAAGAGCUCGCAAAGUUAUAUUUAAAGGGCGAGGAAUGGGAAAGAAUUAUAGCUGGUUCUUACAAUGCCUUAACUGACUGCCAGAUCCUGUACGGUUUACUAGCUCAUUUCAAAGUAAGCGAUACAGCAAUUACGGCCGGGGCCUUGAGAUUGCAGACUUUACUGCAACGGCAAGCAAUCGCAAAGAAGAAAGCGCAAUUUCUAGAAACUCUUCAGUGCCUAAGAGAUCAUAUUUCGAAGAACAUGAUGUCGAAAAUCGCUGCUGCCGGUAUCAAUAUGAACAGCCUUUGUGAUGCGUUCAAUCGAUCUGGCGCUGACGGUGUCAAACUAUGUUUGGCCGUAAGUGUCAAUGGAAAACCCCGAGUAACAUCGAACAAAAAGAUUAUCGAUAAAGUCAUCGAUUUCCUUGCUUCGUCGAACGAGGAGAGAGGGAUGGAAGUGCUGCCAAAAGAUAUACACCGUUCGAUGCUCGACAACUGCCUACCUGCUGCUGGACAGCCGUUUUUACGCUAA